AUGGCUACGCAUUUGAAAAUACAGCUUUGGAUGAGGUAUGUCUCGGUGCUUUUUAUUCUCCCAUUGACCGCUUUAGGUGUUACUCACUAUUCUGUUCCCGAAGAAAUGGAAGAGGGAUCUGUCGUUGCGAAUUUAGCCACUGAUCUAGGGCUGGACAUAAAAACUUUGAGUAAACGUAAAAUGCGUUUGGAUGUUGUAGCCAAUCGGAAAUAUUUAGAUGUGAACAAAGAAACUGGCGAACUGUAUAUUGUAGAAAGAAUUGACAGAGAAUAUCUUUGUAUAUCAAAAUCAGCUACAACAUGUAUUCUUAAACUGGACGCAACUCUAGAAAAUCCCAUUCGGAUGUUUCAUAUUGAAUUAGAAAUUAUGGAUAUCAAUGAUAAUGCACCACAUUUCCGACGGGAUACCAUGCACUUAGAUAUAUCCGAGGCUACUCCAGUCGGUGAGAGGUUUUCUUUGACUAACGCAGUCGACCCUGAUAUAGGCUCUAAUUCCGUACAAACCUACUAUAUUAGCGACAGCGAACAUUUCAGUAUAGAAAUUCAAAGUGGGCGAGACGGUUCUAAAUUUGCUGACUUGAUUUUGAAAAAAACCUUAGACAGAGAGGAGCAGGCCGUUCACAAUCUUAUUCUCACUGCUCUGGAUGAUGGAGUCCCAGCACGCUCAGGCACGGCUAACAUCGUUGUUCGCGUGCUGGACACCAAUGACAACGCCCCUCAGUUCGACAAAGAAAGCUACAUCAUACAUUUACUCGAAAAUUCACCGAUAGGAAGUCUUGUUGUCAAACUACACGCAACAGAUUUAGACGAAGGGUCAAAUUCUGACGUGACGUACUCGUUUAGUCUCUAUACCUCGGAGAAAACACAGGAAACAUUUAGUUUAAAUCCCAAUAAUGGCGAAGUUCGAGUCAAGGAAAUGAUAAAUUAUGAGGAUUUUAAAAUAUAUGAUAUGGAGAUCAUGGCAAAAGAUGGAGGAGUUAAUUCUUUGUCUGGUCAGUGCAAAUUAACUGUUGUUAUCACGGACAUGAAUGACAAUCACCCUGAAAUUUCCAUAAAAUCACUUCAAAGUCCGAUUAAAGAGGAUGUAGCCGUAGAUACAGUGCUUGCAGUAAUUAGUGUGAGUGAUAAAGAUUCAGGCGAAAAUGGCCAAGUCGAUAUUCAUAUUUCUGAUCAGUUACCAUUUGCAUUAAAAGAAUCUUCUGAUAACUACUAUGAGCUCGUAGUUUCAGAACCUUUGGAUCGUGAAAAAGUUCCAGAAUAUGACAUCACUAUUAUCGUCAUAGACAGAGGUUCUCCCCCAUUAUCUGACAAUGAAACGAUAACCUUAGAGCUAUUGGACAUCAAUGACAACGUGCCUCGGUUCCCUCAGUCCUUCUACACUAUACCUGUGAUGGAAAAUAACGCACCCGGGGCGUUAUUGAGUUCACUCACUGCUUUUGACCCUGACCUUCAUGAAAAUCAAUAUCUAGUUUAUUUUAUAGUCGAAAAGGAAAUAGUUAACACCUCUAUGUCCAUGCUGUUUUCCAUUAAUCCGGAGAACGGUAACCUUUACGCGUUAAGGACAUUUGACUAUGAGAUAGACAAGGAAUUCCUUUUCCACAUCGAGGCAAGAGACUCUGGCAUGCCUCAACUCAGCAGUAAUGUGACUGUUCACAUUAUCAUUAUGGACCAGAACGACAACACACCACUGAUAGUGUCUCCAUGGCGCGCGCACGGGUCCGUGAUCGAAGAAAAGAUCCCUAGAUCAACUGAUAAAGGAACUCUGAUAGCAAAAGUGAUCGCCAUCGACUCGGAUUCGUUACAAAACUCUCGGAUUACCUAUCAGUUUCUUCAGAACACAGACGCUUCUCUGUUUAGUUUGGAUCAAUACAACGGAGAGAUCCGAACUAUGAGAAUGUUCAGUUACAGAGAUGCGCGUCACCAGCGGUUGGUAGUGAUCGCCAAGGACAAUGGAGAGCCCUCGCUCUCUGCUACAGUCACAAUCAAACUGUCAACAGUAGAGACUGCACUUAAAGCCUACUCUGAUAUGACAGAAAUGUCUUUAGAGUAUGACAUCUUUUCAGAUUUGAAUCUGUAUCUGGUGAUCGGAUUGGGUUCAGUGUCAUUUCUUUUGCUAAUUACCAUAUUGGUGACUAUUGUGCUGAAGUGUCAAAAACCGAAGCCAAGUAAAGCAGCUGCUCCCUGUAGAAACAGUGUCAUCAGUGAGAGGAACUCAACCAUCGCAGAUUCCACUCUCGUCUCCAACGACGCAUAUUGGUACAGCUUGUUUCUUGCUGAGACGAGGAAGGGCAAGCUGGUAGUAAGACAGCCUGUGCCAAAGGGAGCGAGAUACAUUGUUUCAAGUAUCCCCAGGAGUACGGGACUUACUGAGACUAGCGAUUCAGCUGCUUCAACAUUGCAGGUAAGAAAUGGCGCAGUUUUUUCGCACAAAGUGUCUGAAGUGUCCCAUUGGUUUCGACUUCUAUUUCUAACUAAAUUCAUUGCGUAA